AAAAUGGGCAGGGCAACCAGUUCUUCUUCAUCGUCUAUCGAGAGCAGCAACCACUUUGCUUUCUCAAGCACUGGUGCUUCUGCUUCUUCGCAGAGGGACCUUAGCACUGAUCUUCAGCUUGGUCUUAGCAUUUCAACCUCUCCUCCUUAUGGAAGGGAGCAACCAUCGGAUUGGCCACCAAUCAAGCCGCCGCUAAGGCAGGCGCUUGCAGAAGAAGAAAAUGAGUGUGACAGUGCAACUUUCUUUGUUAAGGUUUACAUGGAUGGGAUUCCUAUUGGCAGAAAACUGGACCUGUUGGCUCACGAGAGUUACUAUGACCUAAUAAGGACUCUCCAGCACAUGUUCAACACAAACAUUAUCUGGGCUGAGGCUGAGGUGGAUGGAGAUCAUUAUGAGAAAUAUCAUGUGCUAACAUAUGAAGACAAGGAAGGGGACUGGAUGAUGGUCGGUGAUGUUCCUUGGGAGAUGUUCUUGUCAGCUGUGAGGAGAUUGAAGAUCACCAAGUGCUGAAUUUUGAUACAAAAUCUCUCUGAUUCU